AUGGCCCCGUCCUUGCUCAAGGUCACGGCUGUGGCCCUGGCUUUGUCCAGCAGUGCUUCGGCCGUCAAGUUUGAGAUGCGUGGCGUCGACACCUCGUCCGUUGCCAUCAUCAGCACCACCACCGCCGCCGCCAGCUCAAUUGUCACACCAAUCCCCGACGAUGAUGAUCUCGACUUUUGUGACGACGAUGAUCUCAGCACUCCCGUCAGCACCCCAGACAGCACUCCCAUCAGCACCCCCAGUGCUCCUGCCAGCACUCCCAGCGGAACUACUGCUCCUCCCAGCGGUACUCCCAGCGGAACUGCCACUCCUAGCGCCACCAGCACUCCCAACCCCGAUGAUGAGUGUGAUGAUGAUGAUGUGAGCACACCUGGCAGCACUCCCCCGGCUUCCACCACGCCUGGUGUCUCUGCUUCCAGCACCCCCGAUGCUACUCCCUCUGCUUCCAGCACUCCCGAUGCCUCAGACGUUUCCACUCCCGGAGCCACCCCCUCGGCAUCUGACGUUUCUACUCCUGGAGCUACUCCUUCUGCUUCUGCUUCUAGCACUCCCGAUGCUUCGGAUGUCUCUACUCCUGGAGCUACUCCUUCCUCAUCUGAUGUUUCUACUCCCGGAGCUACUCCUUCUGCAUCCAGCACUCCCGAUGCUUCAGACGUUUCCACCCCGGGAGCUACUCCCUCAGCAUCCGAUGUCUCUACCCCCGGAGCUACUCCUUCUGCUUCCAGCACUCCCGAUGCCUCUGACGUUUCCGCUACUCCUUCGGCCUCGGAUGUUUCUACCCCCGGAGCCACCCCCUCGGCCUCUGACGUUUCUACUCCUGGAGUUACUCCCUCCGCCACCGGCACUCCCGGUGUCUCUGGUACUACCACCCCUGGAGCUUCUGGAACUGCCACUCCCGAGACCACUCCCGAGGCUACUCCUACCUCCGAUUCUGACUUCACUCCUCUGCCCACCAUCAUUGAGUCUGAGACCAACACCCCCGAUGUCACCCCCACCGGUCCUUUCACUCCUUCCGGCACCACCACCCCCGGAGGCAAUGCUUCUGCCACCACCACUCCUGGUGCCGGUGCCUCGGGUACCACCACUCCUGGCGCCAACCCCUCCGGCACGACUACCCCCGGAAGCAACGCUUCGGGCACCACCACCCCCGGCGGCAACGCUUCGGGCUCCACUACCCCCGUGGCUACUCCUUCCGCCACUUCGGAGGAUCCUUCUGACUCUUUCAGUGCUCUCCCCACCAUCAUUGAGUCCGACUCUACUACUCCUGCUGCCUCCACUGGUCCCUUCACUCCUGGUGUUUCUGGCACCACCACCCCCGGAGGUAACGCUUCUGCCACCACCACCCCUGGUGCCGGUGCUACAGGUACCACCACUCCCGGCCAGAACAACUCUGGAGCUGCUUCCUCCACCGCCAACGGUAACGGUAACUCCUCUGCCACCUCCACUGCUGGUGGUAACGGCAGUGACCCUAACUCCACUGCUAGCGGCAAUGGCAAUGCUUCUGCUACUUCCACUGCUGGCGGCAACGGCAACGCUUCUGCUACCUCCACUGCUGGUGGUAACGGCAACGCCUCUGCUACCUCUACUGCUGGCGGCAAUGGCAACGCUUCUGCUUCUUCCACCGCUGGUGGCAACGGCCAGCAGACCGGUGCCAGUGUCAACCCCACUGGUGGUAACGGCCAGCAGACCGGCGGCAACGCCAACCCUACUGGUGGAAACGGUCAGCAGACUGGUGCUGGUGUCACGAGCACUGGCUCCGGCGACAUUCCUAUGACCACCUCCACUGUCAGGACGACCCAGGUCCGCACUGUCACCCAGUGCCCUCCUACCGUCACCAACUGCCCUGCUGGAAACGGUCCUUAUGUUGUCACUGAGACUGUCGAUCUGUACACCACUGUCUGCCCUGCUGUCCCUGUCACCACCUCCACCGUCUACAAGACCCAGGUCCGCACCGUUACCCAGUGCCCUCCUACCGUCGUCAACUGCCCCGCCAACGGCAAGGGAAGCUGGACUAUCACUGAGACCAUCCCCUGGUACACCACUGUCUGCCCCGUCUCUGCCACCACCACUGGCACUGCCAAGCGUGAGACCUUCACCACCACCUACACCACCACUGGAGUCUCCAACGGUGUCCCCACCCAGUCCGUUGUCACCAAGACCUACUGCCCCGUCUGCGAGCAGCAGGACAAGACCAAGACUGGUGUUGCCAGCGCCCCCGCUACCGUCACCCUCGUGCCCGGUCAGUCCAAGGGCCAGAGCCAGCCCACCGGUGGCGCCCAGAGCGGUUCUCAGAGCCAGGCCGCUCAGAGCGGUGCCCAGAGCCAGGCCGUCCAGUCCGGCUCUGCCGCUACCUCCAAGGCUGCCGGCUCUACCGGUGGUGCCGUUACCAGCGCCGUCAACCAGGCCACUGCUCCCGUCAGCACCUCUCCUGUCACCACCAGCGCCGUCAAGGCCGGUGCUGCCAAGGUUGGUGUCAGCCUGGUCGGUGCCAUGGGUAUUGCCCUCGCUUUCUUCCUGUAG